GCGUAACGAAACUUAUACAUACCAAGCAUACGAGAAAUCAGGAUCGACAUUUUUGAGUGGUUUCUUUCAAUGACAAAGGAAUCACUUUCAGACAGAUAAUGCCGAGUCUCCUGGUGGCAGCGAUAGACUUUGGUACAACCUUCUCUGGUUAUGCCUUUUCAUUUCUUCAUGACUACAACAGAGACCCUUUAAAGAUAUCAGCCAAUACAUGGACAGCAGGUGUCGGCAAUUUGGUAUCGUUGAAAACGUCGACGUGCAUUCUCUUUGAUUCAACACAAAAAUUCCAUUCAUUUGGCUAUGAAGCUGAAGAAAAGUAUUCUAACUUAGCCCUCGAUGACCAGCACCAUGAUUGGUACUUCUUCAAAAGAUUCAAAAUGAUGUUGUACAGCAAAAUGGGAUUGACGAGAAAAACACUUCUUGAAGAUGACAAAGGAAAAAGAAUGGAAGCAAUGAAAGUAUUUUCUUCUGCAAUUGGCUAUCUAAAAGACCACAUGUUGACCACGUGCAAAAAGCAGUUGACUGACAUAGAGCAGUCUGAUAUCAUGUGGGUGUUGACGGUACCAGCCAUCUGGACCGAUUCGUCAAAACAAUUCAUGAGAGAAGCAGCAGAAAAGGUUGGAAUCUGUGCUGACAAGUUGAUGAUUGCCCUCGAACCGGAGGCUGCUUCUCUGUAUUGCAUGCACCAACCAGUUCAGAAGGAUAACGAAAAUUUUACAUUUGGGGUCUUCAAAUCUGGAGCAAAAUACAUGGUUGUUGAUGCGGGAGGUGGAACAAUUGAUAUUACUGUCCAUGAAGUUCAGGAAAAUGGAACAUUAAAAGAACUGCACAAAGCCAACGGUGGUGACUGGGGAGGAACCAAGGUAGAUGCAGCAUUCACAAGCCUCUUGGCUGAUAUUGUAGGAAAUAAUGUUAUGGAAGCAUUCAGUUCUAUGCAUAAAUAUGAUUUUCUUGAAUUUCUGAGGGAGUUUGAAGUAAAGAAGAGGACCAUAACUCCUCAACUUUCAGAAAAAGUAACAUUUAAAGUUCCGAUCAACUUGCUAGAGACAUUUCGCAUCACAUAUCCGGGAAGUGAUACCAAAACAGCUAUCACGUCAAAAUCUAAAUACAAAAACAAGCUGACCUGGAUUGGCGAUAAGCUACGAAUGGAUGCAGAACUAAGCAAGGCUCUCUUUGAUGAAAGCUGUAAGAAAAUAGUUGACCAUAUAAAACAGUUAUUCAGACAUUCCACAGUAAAAGAUGUGCCAUCUAUUCUACUGGUAGGAGGAUUUGCUGAAUCACCUAUGUUACAGGUGGCUAUAAAAGAAGCAUUCAAAGAUAAAAAAGUUAUCGUACCACAAGAUGCAGGGUUGGCAGUUCUAAAGGGGGCUGUAUUGUAUGGACACGAGCCCAAAACAAUUUCUGCACGAGUUUGCAAGUAUACAUACGGCGUUAGAGUGUCGGAAAUAUUUAAUGAUGCUAUUCAUCCGCUUUCGAAAAAAUUUGUAGAAAAUGAUGUUGAGCGUUGCAACGACAUAUUCAAUAUCCAUGUCCGCGUGGGUCAAGCGGUAAAAGUAGGAGAACCACAAGUGAAGCAAAAUUACAGGGUCAUAGCUCCAGACCAAAAGAUUAUUACAUUUCAUGUAUUCACUUCAAACAAGAAAGAACCAACAUAUACAACAGAUGAGGGUUGCACGCAUUUGGGCAAAUUGACUAUUGACAUGCCAGAUAUUUCAAAAGGAAUAAAUAGAGGAGCCAAUGUCCACAUGGUGUUCAGUGGAACUGAAAUUGCUGUUACAGCUGUAGAUCGAGAUAACCCUAAAAGUGUUGUGUCUACUACAGUUGAUUUUCUUGGAUGAUUUGAA